AUGGAGCCCAAGACUCCGGAAGAGAAAGAAAGAAUGUCCAGGGUACCAUAUGCAAGUGCUGUUGGUAGUCUUAUGUAUGCAAUGAUGUGUACUAGACCAGAUAUAAGCUCUGCUGUUGGGCUAGUAACUCGAUUUCAAUCGAAUCCAGGGCCUGAACACUGGAAAGCAGUCAAGAGGAUAUUAAGGUACUUGAAAGGAACGAUGAACUAUAUGCUAGUUUAUCAAGGAAAGGAUUUGCGGUUGUUUGGAUAUUGUGAUGUUGACUGGGGAGGAGAUGUAGACGAACGCAAAUCCACAUCAGGAUAUGCUUUUAUACUUAAUGUAGGAGCUAUCUAA